AUUGCUGACAAUUUAGAUAACCCAUUAUUAAUAUUUAAAUAAAUGCGGUCAGCAAUAUGCAGGUUGGUAUUUUGUUUAUCAAAUGUUUUGCAUCCGAUUCGGUUAUUUUUGUACAUGCGUUGCGGUAUUUUAAAAACGCCCGCGCCUUCUGUGCCGUAUUUCCGCUUGCCUGCUCACUGUUGUUGCCCACAGUGGUUACAAUGAGCGCCGAAUGCUUAGCUUUGUCAUACAGCUUGCUAUGGAAGCAUGGCUCGUUAUAUCAUAGCACAGUUAUAUCUAAAACGUGGGCCGUUUCCGUUACCUGUACCCCACUGUAAAGAUGCUACUUGUUUACGUCGCUAUAGCAGUACAGUAACAGGCCAUUGUAUAUGUAGGUCUAUAGGCGUUAGUAUAUACACAGCUAUCCACAUAUAAGAAAAUGAGCAACGCACUUGGAGGUCGGAUUUUCACUGAAGGGUCUGAUGCCAUCGGGUACGGGAGUUCCCAGGGCACCAACAAUUCAGUAAUUCAAGACUCUAUCCUGUCGAAUUACAUCAUAACACCGUGUCAGCAGGACAAAGCUGGUGCCGGUUCUUUCGAGGUGGUUGCGACAGUUGCUGGCGCUGGGAUUGGCAUUACUAAUAUCGUUGUAAUAGCUGCUAUAUUAUGGGGUGGCCGAAAACUUCACAAAGCAACAUUUUUCUGCAUUUGCAACUUAGCCGUUGCUGAUAUGUUGGCUGGCUUCUUGCUGUUAUGGAUAUUCGGUUUACAAAAAAUUUUGCUGCCGUUUCGGACUCCCCAGUCUGAGUUGGUACAGAAAAGCAUUUGGACGAUGACCGUGUGGUCAUCCAUGUUAAGUCAACUUGUCAUCGCAAUAGACAGGUACUGUUACGUCACAAAAGGUUCCCCUGGCGACGGUGGGAUAUCAAGAAGUACAAGAAAAAGUGACAUUUGGGGAAACCGAAAGAGAAAACGGUUAAUUAAAGCCGGGAUAGGACUGACAUGGCUCGUCCCUAUAGUGACGUAUGCACUUCCCGUGGCAACCGCAUGGAACUGCGUUGACUCCUGUUUUUGUGUGAUACCUUCAAACAGCACGUCAGAUGUGUUUUACAUGGUGUGUGAACCGGUACAAACAUGCUCGCAGGUGAACCCGCCAUUUGCGAAAAGCUCUGUCUUAUUCAUGGGUCUCACUCUGCUCACCAUGCCUAUUAUACCUUGUGUGUUGUACGCCAAGAUAUAUUGUUUCGUGAGGCGAUCCAGCGAAAAACUGAAGCCAGUAUACACCCCACCACUGGUAGCGAAUAACGGGGGGACGGAAGACAACAGCAGGGUGGGACAAAGUGAAGCAAGCGUGACAGAUUUUCAGAUUCUUCCCAUUCACAAAACAGAAACGUGCAACCAUCUUUUAGUGAGACCCAAAAUAAGCCAAAGCAUAAUUCAGUAUGAGGCCAACGGAAAUGUGAGUUGCCGCAAAACCGAUGACAGCUGGCAAGGAGACGGCGUGCGGCCGCCUUCCAACAACCGCAUAGGCUUGAAGGGGUGGAACCGAAUUCGCGAAGGCUCAUGGAGAAGAAAGGCGAUGGUGACUCGAAUAUUCACGAAAAACAGCAACGAUAUAAAGGAAGAGGUGCCUCAGGAGAAGCGUAAAAUAAGUUCCGCCUCGAAAGCAAAAUCUGCAGCAAGAAGACGCCGAUACCGAGACAUGCGUUUGCUUAGAACACUUGUGAUUAUUCUGGUUCUUUUCUUGGUCAGUACAGUCCCUCUUGGCCUGCUAUUCGUGGUCUCAUACACCGAGCAAGAUAAGCGGUACGUCGGUACCGCGAAAGUUCUUCUGACGACAUCUUUAUUGAACUCUUUAGUAAACCCCUGGAUCUACUUCUGGCGCUUUCCAGAAAUGCGAACCGCCAUGAAAAAGGUGUUUUGCCGGGCGUGCGCAUUCAAAGGCUCACCUUCACAUAAAAAUGACAAACGCUACACCGGGGACGGUGCCAUGGGCGUCCACAGACGAGUUGCCGGUGGCGUUUCAUUCGACACAAACUCCAGGGCUGGAAGAAAUGGAAGCAAACCCGAAAACUCGAUGGGAAAAGAAAACACGAGUAGUAUAAGUAGCAAUGCGUUGUGAAGCACCAAGCGCCGUGGUGUUCAGCAUGCAGUGUUAAUGUGUUCGGGGUUCGACGCUGCUACCAUUGUGGGCGUGUGUGUCAUUGGACAUUUAUGAGUGUCUAAAUUGUCAGCCAUACUUCACAGAAAUGUUAAACAAUUCCUCUGAAAUAAUCACCCUCAAAAUUACAUACGUACGUGGUAACUCGUACGCCGGCACGAGGUGUAUGAAACAGAACACCUGUGUUAUAACGACUGUCGUCACCCGCCUUGCGAGGAUAAAUAAGUUACAUACGUGGUAACUUGUAAGCAGGAACGAGGUGUAUGAAACAGAACACCCGUGUUAUAACGACUGUCGUUUCCCCGCCAUGCGAGGAUAAAUAAGUUACAUUCAUUUCAACUGUAUCUCACACACUCUAAACUCACAUUCGUAUUGUAAAAUAUAUUCGACCAUUUGAAAUUUUUUAACUCCCCUAAAAAUAUGAACUCUAUGUUUGCACCACUGUACCGAUAUCUACGUUAGUAUAUCACACAAAGUUGCUGUUUUAUUAUUUGCCUUUUUAUUUUUAUUGUUGUUAUUUUUUCGCCUGUUAGAUUGCAUUUAAAACUGUAUCAUUCCAACGUUUUGUUUUCAUUUAGAGUUAGACAGUAGCAGACAAACUUAAAGGUUAGCAUGGACCUUACGUACGGUGUUGCCAGCGCGACAAAGAUCCCUAUAAAUAUAGUA